GUCAACAAUCGACGAGAGCUGCCGCACACAGUGCCUGAUCAGAUCCAGACGCGUUCAAAUGUUUGUUUUCUGCUGAAUAACAUCGCUAAAAUUCGCGUUAAACGUAUUAGGAAAUAUCAGCCCGUGUAAUCCCUCUGGGGUUGUUUAGUUUUGGUGUUUUCUUGUGUUGUUUCGGGGUUUUCCCGCGGGCAGCUGAGAGCGCCGCCCGAGUGUUUUGGCGUCGGAUAAACAUGGCGGAGCUGAAGCACAGUGCAGAGCUGAAGAUCAUUGGCUCUUAGAUCCGCAGAGAGUGUGCAGCAUCAGCAGUCUGUCAGAGUUGAUGAUUCAGCAGGAGAAGCCGUUAGCGGGCAGCAUGCCGGUGGUUUGGCCCACGCUGCUCGACCUCAGCAGAGAUGAGUGCAAGCGAAUCCUGCGCAAACUGGAGCUGGAAGCGUACGCCGGUGUGAUCAGCGCUCUGCGUGCUCAAGGAGAUCUCACCAAAGACAAGAAGGAGCUGCUGGGAGAACUCACUCGAGUGCUGAGUAUCUCGACGGAGCGUCACCGAGCGGAGGUGCGCAGAGCUGUGAAUGACGAGCGCCUGACCACCAUCGCGUAUCACAUGUCGGGGCCCAACAGCUCGUCGGAGUGGUCCAUCGAGGGCCGGCGGCUGGUUCCUCUCAUGCCCAGACUGGUUCCUCAGACGGCCUUCACUGUGAUGGCUAAUGCGAUGGCCAACGCGACCGCGCACCAGAACGCCUCGCUGCUGCUGCCCGCCGACACCGCCAACAAAGAAGUGGUGGUGUGUUAUUCGUACACCAGCACCACCUCCACUCCACCCAGCGCAUCGGCUCCCAGCAGCUACAGCGCAGCAGCAGCCGUCAGAUCCCCUCGACCCGCCAGCCCUGCCUCAAACGUGGUGCUGCUGCCCAGCGGGAGUACAGUCUACGUCAAGAGCGUGAGCUGCUCCGAUGAGGAUGAGAAACCUCGUAAGAGGCGGAGAACCAACUCAUCUAGCUCCUCCCCCGUGCUGCUGAAGGAGGUGCCUAAAGUGGCCACGCCCAUUUCCAAAACCAUCACGGUUCCGGUGAGCGGAAGCCCGAAGAUGAGCAACCUGAUGCAGAGCAUCGCCAACUCUCUGCCGCCGCACAUGUCUCCGGUGAAGAUCACCUUCACCAAACCCUGCACCCAGACCACCAACAGCACCACGCAGAAGGUGAUAAUCGUGACGACGUCUCCCAGCUCCAACUUCGUGCCCAACAUCUUGUCCAAGUCGCACAACUACGCGGCCGUGUCCAAGCUGGUCUCGAGCGCCGCGCUCUCCGCCUCCAGCCACAAACAGACCAUGGUGAUCUCAGCCGGCCCCGCCGCGGCCCUGGGGCCCAGUCAUGUCGCCGUGACGACCACGGUGUCCUCCACACCUUCAGUGGUGAUGUCCACCAUCGCACAGGGCGGCUCCUCCGCGGCGGUGAAGCUGUCCUCCACUCGUCUGCCGUCUCCCAAGUCUCUGGUCAGCUCUCCGUCUCAGAUCCUGCAGAUUCCUAAAGCGCAGCAGCAGACGGUGGUUCAGGCUGCGUCUCCUAAAGGCCUGCAGGCCUCCCUCUCGUCUCCUCAGAGCUCUGCCGCCGGAGCCAAACCCACCAUUCAGAUCAAACAGGAGUCUGGAGUGAAGAUCAUCACGCAGCAGAUGCAGCCCAGUAAGAUCUUACCCAAACCCUCCAGUGCAGUGCUGCCCAGCAGUAGCUCCGCCCCCAUCAUGGUGGUCAGCAGCAACGGUGCCAUCAUGACCACCAAACUAGUGUCCACUCCCACAGGCUCUCAGGCGACGUACACUCGUCCCUCCGUCAGUCCAGCGAUCGGUGCACGAGUGGCCACGUCUCCCGCCGGAGCCACGUACGUCAAGACCACCAGCGGCAGCAUCAUCACCGUCGUGCCCAAGUCUCUGGCCACGCUGGGGGGCAAGAUCCUCACCACCAACAUGGUGUCAGGAACCAGCACCAAGAUCACCACCAUCCCCAUGACCUCCAAACCCAACGUCAUCGUGGUGCAGAAGACCACCGGCAAAGGGACGACCAUCCAGGGUCUGCCGGGGAAGAACGUGGUGACCACGCUGCUGAACGCCGGGGGAGAGAAGACGCUGCAGGCCGUGCCCGGAGCCAAGCCUGCCAUCAUCACCGCGUCGCGACCCAUCACCAAAAUGAUCGUGACGCAGCCCAAGAGCCUCGGCGCCGGCGUCCAGCCGUCCACCAAAAUCAUCCCCACCAAGAUCGUGUACGGACAGCAGGGCAAAACACAGGUGUUGAUCAAGCCCAAGCCCAUGGCGUUUCAGACGGCGGUGGUCAGUGAACAGACCCGUCAGCUGGUCAGCGAGACGCUGCAGCAGGUCUCACGCAGCGCAGAAUCCGGCCAGGAGGGGGCGCACAAGGACGACUCGCCCUCGUAUACCGAGACGUCCGACAGCACUCACGCAUCUCACUCGGCUGUGUUUGAGUGUGUAAGAAGGCUGUCUCUGUGUCCAGACGCUCAUCCGGUGGUGCACCUCAUCACCUCCAGGGGGCAGGAGUGGACGGAGCAGGAGGUGUCUGUGGAGGCCAGUCCCACCAUCAUCUACCAGGACAUGACCGGAGAGUCUCAGUCGGCCACGUCCACCAUCAAAGCCCUGCUGGAGCUGCAGCAGACCAGCGUGAAGGAGAAGAGCGACGCCAGACCUCGCCAGAACACCAUCGACCUGAGUCAGAUGGCAGUGCCGAUCCCGGUGACGGAGCGGAGACAGUCCCCGGAGCCGUCGGGUCAGAGCGCCGGAGACACGGACACCGUCACAGAAUACAUCCCCAUCGGUAAAGUGUGUAAGACUGUGAUCGGAGGAGAUGUUGCUGCAUCCAGCAGCCCGAGUCCGUCAGCAUCCGCAUCCGCUGCGUCUGGACACACCACACAACAGGUGGAGGCGUGUGUGCCGCAGGUGAAGCCGCUGCAGGAGCAGAUGGUGGUGGAGGAGGGCGAGUCAGAGGGAGACACUCUGGAUCCUCAGACGGGUUUGUUCUACCGCUCGUCUCAACCCAAACCUGCAGCCGACCCGUCUGACACACCCACUUCCUCUAAGAGGGCGGAGCCUCUCACGGCCCGGGUCACCGUGCAGAGAGUGUCUGUGUCUGCGUCUGCGGCGCUCGUCUCCUCCACCCCUCCACACACACCGCAGCUGCCCAGACUGCAGCAGGCGCCCUCCUCACACAACCGGCCCAAAACACACACGCAGCUGUCGCAGCCGCCGCCGCUGCAGGCGCAUCACCCCGUGGGCUCCAGCAAGACGCCCGGCUGCAGUCAGGUGCAGCAGCCGAUCAUCACGCAGGGAGCGUCCGUCACCAAGAUCACGUUCGGCGCUCAUCAGUGUCCCCCGGUGUCCAGCAGCGGCGAGGCGUCCGUCAAGCUCCAGCCGGAGUCCAGCUCCAGUCGACCAGCGCCAGAGAAGCCCUCCGACAUCCUGAAGAUCUCCAUGAUGGAGGCGGAGAUCGAGCCCAUGGUGGUGGACUCAUCCAGUGACUGCGGCCCGCUGACCAAGACCCCGAGCGCCUCGCCGCUCAUCAGCAGCUCCAAACAGACGCUCGCUCACGGAGCCUUCGGCCGCGUCAAGAGCAAAGACCUGGACAUCAUACAGGUGAUCCCGCAGUACUCCAUCAUGCCCGACUCCAGCCAAUCAAACGUGGUGGUGGAGCCCAGCGGCUUCCUGGAGAUCAGCGACUACACCAGCCAGCGUCUGGACGAGGAGGCCGCCAUGGAACAGGAAGUGGACAGCAGCAACGACGAGGGGGCGGCGGCCAGCCCCACAGCCGACCAAUCGCAGUGAAGCCUGUGGAUUUGAUUCUUUCAGAGGAGAAAGACCUUCUGUUUGUGCUUCAUCACGUCUGUAUAGAGAACCAUGCACUGAGAUCAUGCUUUAGAACAAAACCUUACUUUAUGGAGAAUACGAUUCCUGACGGAACGAUAGGAAUGUUUGUGUUGAUUUCUACUUAAAGGGACAGGUCACCAAAAAAUAUUCAUUCUGUCUUCAUUUACUCACCUUCAAGCUGAUCAAACUUGCACGAGUAUCUUUCUUCUGUUGAACACAAAAAAGAAGAAUGGUGAUAAACAAACAGCCGCGGGUAGCUAUUGAGUUCCAUACUAGGGAAAACUACUAUGGAAGUCAAUGGGUACCAGCAAAUAUUUGGUUACCAACAUUUUUAAAAUAUAUCUGAAUUGUUGAAUACAACAGAAGAUAAUUCUUAGGGCCAUAGCAUUUACUUUUGUUAAAAAAAAAUAUUCUUUGAAGAAUGUGUGUAACCAAACAGUUGAUGGUAGCCAUUGACUUUUAUAGUAAGAAAAAAAAAAACGUUACCAGCAAAUAUUUGUUUUCCAGCAUUCUUAAAAUAUAUCUCAAGUGCUGAAGACAACAGAAGCUAUUUUACAGGGCACAUUAAAAAAAAAGUAUAUACUUUGAAGAAUGUGUAUGUAACCAAACAGUUGACGGUAGCCAUUGACUUUUAUAAUAAGGAAAAAAAAAUACUAUUGAAAGUCGGUGGGGACCAAAAUAUCUUCUGAUGUGUUUAACAAUUGAUACAAGAUAUUUCACAGGGCACUAGAAUAUAAUUUCUGUUAAAAAUCUGAAUAUAUUUUUCGAAGAAUGUUAGUAUCCAAAUAGUUGAUGGUAGCCAUUGACUUCCAUACUAGGGAAAAAUACUAUGAAAAUCAAUGUCUACCAGCAACUAUUUGGUUACUAACAUUCUUAAUAGAUAUAUAAAUUGAAAGAAGAUAUUUCAUAGGGCCUGUAAUUUGUGUUUUAAAAAUAAUAUAUAUUUUGAAGAUUGUGUGUAACCAAACAGUUGACGGUAGCCAUUGACUUUCAUAGUGGGGGGGGGGGAUACUAUGGAAGUCAAUGACAACCAAUGUUUGGCAACAUAUUUCACAGAGCCCUGACAUAUAAUUUCUGUUAAAAAUCUGAAUAGAUAUUUUGAACAAUAGUUGACGGUAGCCAUUGUAGGGAAAAAAUACAAUGGAAGUCAAUGGCUACCAGCAACUGUUUGUUUACCAACAUUCUUCAGAAUAUUCACACAGGUUUGGAACAACCUCAUGGUGAUUGAUUGAUGACAGAGUGAUCAUUUUUAGAUGCACUGUCCCUUUAAUUUAUAGUGUUAAUUAGAGCUGAUGGACUGGAAUCUUCCAGAUGAUGAUGAUGAGCACUGCUUCAUCAGGACGUUUUGUGACUCCGCCUCCGCUUGUGUUCUGCUCUCUGAUUGGUGUAAAUAGUGUUUGUGCCCUCGCUCAUGUGUCUUGUUUGAGUCUCGUUUGUGCUGGAUGCAUUUUAAUUCAUAAACUUUACUUCAAAGCUCA